CCACCGGUCAGUGAAGAGAUCCCGGUCGUAAUACACCAAAGCCCUCCAAAAUGUCUCUGGAUCAGCAAUUCAACGAAGCCGCCGAAAAGACGAAGACCUUCACGAAACGGCCCACGGAUCAGGAGCUGCUGGAGUUGUAUGCGCUGUUCAAGCAGGCCUCCGUGGGAGAUAACACCACCGAUAAGCCCGGUAUGUUCGACCUGAAGGGAAAAGCCAAGUGGCAAGUGUGGACAGACAAGAAGGGCACCAGCCAGGACGCAGCCAAGGAGGCAUACAUUAAGCUGGUGGAGGAACUAUCGGCCAAAUAUCUGUAGUACUCAAAAUUAGGACUGCCUGAAUGAGAAGGAUCGUGGUUUGAAUGGUGAAAUGGAUACUGACAAGGAACGAAUUGAUUUGCAUUCUAUUUAUCAAGCUUUAUAUGUUGUCUAGUGACGGUACAUAAUGAAUUACGAAUCGUUAUUUUAAACAA